AUGAUGAAUGAAGCAGACGAGUUGGAAAUGAGUAGCUCAAGGGAAGAUCUCGGGGUGGUUUUAGAUUUAGAGAUGGUGCCUCAUUGUGGAGAAGAGGGACACCCAACUUGCCAACUCAUUGUUCACCCAAAUCUGACCUUCUUUAAGUACUUGGGCACAAAUGGUUCGUUCACAGACGGUAUCAUGGUGGAUGCAUCCUCCAUCGAUAGGGAGGAGAAAACACAAGCUUUUCAUCUACUUCACCAAACAACUCCAUAUAUUGCUUUUGGCUUCACGGCUGCCAAUGAAGCUAUAUGUCAAGCAGCACAAGGGAAGGAUUCCUUGCAUAUCAUUGAUCUAGGAAUAGAAAAUACCUUUCAGUGGCCUUCUUUGUUGAGAACAUAG